AAAAAGUUGUCCAAGGAAAAAAAGACAACAAAAUCGUGAAAGUGACACGCGAACGUUUUUGUACUCAUCUGGAAACUUACUUCGAGUCUUCGUAUUUUUGCAUUUAUACUCUUUAUUAGUUAAAUCAUUUAAAAAUAUUCUCAAAAAAAAUGGCUGCACUCGAUGAACUUCGUGCCAGACUCAAUGACCUCCAAGAAGAGCUCCAGAAACACAAAACCAAUGCAAAAACAUUCCGAGAAAGAAUCGAUAAGAUGACUGCAGAAGUUGUUGAUUCGAAUCCUUAUAGUCGCCUUAUGGCUUUGCAAAGAAUGGGAAUAGUUAAGGAAUAUGAGAGAAUUCGUGACAAGUCAGUGGCUGUUGUUGGUGUUGGAGGAGUUGGCAGUGUCACUGCUGAUAUGUUAACGAGGUGUGGAAUCGGUAAAUUGAUUCUUUUCGACUAUGACAAAGUAGAAUUGGCCAAUAUGAAUCGAUUAUUCUUCACACCCGAUCAAGCUGGUUUGUCCAAAGUCGAAGCUGCAGCCAAGACACUCACUUUUAUCAAUCCCGAUGUGAGUAUUGAAACUCACAACUAUAACAUAACAACAGUGGAAUCAUUCGAUAAGUUCCUCAACACAAUCCAAACUGGUGGAGUGCUUCCUAACACUCCAGUCGAUUUGGUUCUAAGUUGUGUCGACAACUUUGAGGCUCGAAUGGCAAUUAACACAGCUUGCAACGAACUAGGCCUCAACUGGUUCGAAUCUGGAGUAUCUGAGAAUGCAGUUUCUGGACAUAUUCAAUUCAUUCGACCAGGAGACACUGCCUGUUUUGCGUGUGCUCCUCCUUUGGUCGUUGCAGAGAAUAUCGAUGAGAAGACGCUAAAGCGAGAAGGUGUUUGUGCAGCUAGUUUGCCAACUACUAUGGGCAUUACAGCUGGUAUGCUGGUACAAAACACCCUUAAGUAUCUUUUAGGUUUUGGCGAAGUGUCCGAUUAUCUCGGUUACAAUGCCAUGAAUGAUUUCUUCCCUAAAAUGACUCUUAAACCUAAUACUCAAUGUGAUGAUCGUCAUUGUCAGGAGAGGCAGAAAGAAUUUAAUGCUAAACCGAAGGUGGAGGAAGUUCAGGAAGAGGCAGCCGAUGAAGGACCACUCCACGAAACCAAUGACUGGGGAAUUGAAUUGGUUAGUGAUUCAGCACCAGAAGAAUCUACUGUUGCAGCGAGUUCAUCAACGGUAGCGGCGGGAUUGAAAUUGGCUUAUGAAGCUCCUGUGAAGGAUGAUGAAUUAAAUGUUGCGCCAUCGGCUGCAGCUGGACCUGAAGUUGAUUUAGAUGAUUUGAUGGCUCAAAUGAAAUCGAUGUAAAGUAGAAUUUAUUGAACAAUGCCUUAUAUUAUUAUGUUAACGAUCAACAGUUUUUUUGUAUUUAUUUUUUUUUUCGGUCACAAAAAUAAAAAAAUAUUCGAAUGAAAGGAAAUCAUUUUUAAGUAGAGCACUGUUCUUACAAUUUGGUAGUUAAAUGUUGGUUUUUGUUAGCCGAUGAAAUUUAGCCAACACAUAAAAAACCAUGGCACGAAAACUAAAUUUUAAGGAGCCUCUUAAACUUGUUUUUAGCAUAUUGGCGAAAUAUUAUCGGAGUUCCUUUUAAGGUGGUAGACUUCUCAUGAAAAUGUGUACUUUUAAAAAACGACAUAAGAAAAAUUAAGCUUUCAAUUCCCCUAUCUUAGAUAUGGGUUUCCAGUCAACAAUUCCGUAUUAUUUAAUUUAUAUCUUAAAUCCGGUUCUAACUGAUUUUAUUAUGAACCUGGCA